UUUCCCCUGGCCUUAUUUCAAUCAGAUCAAGAUCAAGACCAUAGACACAUUGAGACUUGGGCUAGAGAUGUCCAGGUCUAUUAGUGAGCCCACAAGGAGCCGCUUGUCUGCCUCCACAGACAAAGGUGCCAUUAUCCUGGACAUAGGGAGAAUCUACACAAGGUGUGGUUUCUCUGGAGAGGCUGCCCCGAGACACAUCAUACGAAGCCAGAUCACUAUGAGACCUCACAGACAGCUUCAAGAAGUGUGGGACCCUAAGUACAUCAACAGGGAGGAGCUGUAUCUUAUUCUGUGCCGAUUCAUUAGACACGUCUAUCUCAAGUAUCUCAUGGUGAACCCCAGGGAGUACCGAGUGGUGGUGGUGGAAUCGCUCUACUGCCCCGCCCACUUCAGAAACACCCUCGCCAGAGCACUAUUCAGCCACAUGAAUGUUCCAUACGCAGUGUUCAUUCCCAGUCACCUGGUCAGCACCUUCACUAUAGCGCGAUCCACUGCUCUGGUCGUGGACGUGGGGUUCAUUGAGACCACCAUACUACCGGUGUGUGAGGGUAUUCCCCUAGUGGACGCCUGGCAAGCAACCAGCUUCGCCACACAACAUCUGCAAGAAGCUGUGCUGAGACUGUUGAUGGAGAGAGCCAUGAUUACUCUGACUGACACUGGGAGCAAGAAACCACUGGCGGCAGUGCAAGUUGAAAAACUCUUGAACAAAGAACUCGAAGACAUUCUAGUGCGGACAUGCUUCGUACGCUCCAAGACCACACCUGAAGACAAGGUUCCCCCGGACACUGACUACCCUCUCAACUCACAGUACACACUACACAUCGACGGCUAUAUCAGGGAUCAUGCAGCUGAUGUACUGUUUGAGGAUGAGGGGGAGGAUAGUCCCAUACCUGCCUGCAUCCUCAAUGCACUCAUGAAGUGCCCUAUUGACGCGAGGAGGGAACUGAGUGAGAACAUCCUGGUCAUGGGGGGAUCAGCAUCACUGAUCGGGUUCAAUUACCGUUUAAAGCAGGAACUGGAGGCGUUGGUGGGUGACCAGUGCCAGCGCUACCACUCCUCUCUGGGGGCGCUCUCCUUCAAAUUCCACGACCCACCCUCACACCCCAACUGUGUGGCCUGGUGCGGAGCCUCCAUCUUCGGGUCGUCUGAAAUAGCCAUGAUGGAGAGAGCUAUCACUAAGGACAAGUUCAAAGAGCUCAAGCAAUUACCCGAGUGGAUGUCAUGUGACCCGGAGCAACAGGAGCAACUCAAGACUGUAUCGUUACGUAAAAUGUUGCCCUCUGCACCAUCAGCUCUUACUAGGAGAAUGGCCUCUCAACCUGGGAAGGUGUAACGAGAAUUGAAUCACCUGAAUCUCCUGAAUAUUUUCUCUACAGUGUAUUGCAAUCUUAUAGUGUAAUCAAUAGUAUACACUCCUGAUAUUAUGUUAUCCACAUAAUAACUAUGUACAGUGUAA